AUGCGACUUCGUCUAUAUUUGGUUGGUGAUGGCAAUGCUAGGCACAGCCAUAUGUCUCUUUUCUUUGUACUCAUGCGUGGAGAGUACGAUGCUAUCCUUCAUUUUCCGUUCAGUUUCAAAAUAAUAUUUGCUCUUGUGGAUCAAACAUCUGAUCAACGACAUAUUUUCGAUUCAUUUCGACCUGAUGUAAAAUCAAGUAGUUUUGAAAGGCCUCGUUCAGAUAUGAACAUUCCUUCUGGUAUACCCAAAUUUGUACCACUCACAAUAAUUCGACAAGAUAACAAUCCAUAUGUUGUCAAUGAUACUAUGUUUAUCAAAGCCAUAAUCGACUUUGGUGAUAUACCGAAGACACUUUUAUCAUACGCAUUAAAUCUCAAUCCCGGUUUGCCAAUUCUAAUCCGAAGGGAAUCGAUCAAACAAGAACUGGAAAAACAAACAAAAGAAAAACUACUAGUUACAGCCAACGCAUCUACGUCAGUUAAACAUGAAAUUGACACGAACGACAAUCUUAGCAGUGACGAACAGAUGACACAUUAA